AAGAACAAGUAAGCGGGUCCCAUCACACAUUUUGGACGCGUUGCAGAGCAAAGAAUGAUCAACGCUGGUGGCUGACUCGUUCAACUCAACUCUCCCACCGCUUAUUUAUGUUCCAACCAUCCCAUCUCAUCCCCACUCUCUCAAUACAACAUGUACUCCUCCACCUCAACCGACUAUCAGAAAUUCUCCGACGUCACCGCCUCUCCGCCGCCUGACUCCGCCACUCCCACCGGGAUCCCCGUCAGCUCUUACUCGCCCGACAAGCCCCAGGCGCGACCUCCUCUUCCCCCCAAGCCUCAGGUCCCCUGGUCCACCGGCCUCUGCGAUUGCUUUUCCGAUUUCCGCAACUGUUGCUUGACGUGCUGGUGCCCAUGCAUUACGUUUGGCCAGAUCUCUGAGAUUGUCGACAAAGGAUCCAGCUCUUGUGCGCAGAAUGGAGCACUGUACACAUUGAUAGCAUGCGUGACGGGAUGCCCUUGCUUCUAUUCGUGUUUCUACCGCUCCAAAAUGAGGCAGCAAUACUCUCUCCACGAAUCUCCCUGCGGCGACUGCUUGCUUCACUGCUGCUGUGAAUCUUGUGCUCUCUGUCAAGAGUAUCGCGAGCUCAAGAAUCGUGGAUUCGACAUGUCCAUCGGAUGGCAUGGAAAUGUCGAGAGACAGAAUCGCGGGAUAGCCAUGGCUCCAACCGUUCAAGGAGGAAUGACCAGAUAAUUUCAUGUACUCAAUGUGUUUCUUAAAGCUUAUCAAUCUAUAUGUAAUGCUACUUUCACUUCAUCCAAAUCUUGUAUGUUUAAUUUAUGUAUUCUACACCAAUAAUUCAACUUUAUGCUUCC